AUGGCUGACAACGAGCCCGCACCCCCUGUGCCCGCGGAGCCGGCCAAGCCGGUGAAGAAACGCUCCCCGAAUCGCUUGGUAGUGGAAGAAGCGCUGAAUGACGACAAUUCCGUCAUUUCCCUGUCGCAGGCAAAGAUGGAGGAGCUGAAUCUUUUCCGCGGCGACAACGUGCUCAUCAAGGGGAAAAAGCGAAAGGACACGGUGUGCAUCGUCUUGGCUGACGAGAACCUAGAUGAUAGCAAGAUCCGCAUGAACAAGGUCGUGCGGAAAAAUCUUCGAGUCCGCUUGGGCGACAUCAUCUCCGUCCAUGCAUGUGGAGACGUGCCGUACGGAAAGCGCAUUCACGUUCUCCCGCUGGACGACACCAUCGAGGGCAUCACAGGCAACCUCUUCGACACUUACUUGAAACCUUACUACCUGGAGGCCUACCGCCCCGCCCGUCAAGGGGACCUCUUCCUCGUGCGCGGUGGUUUCCGCCCCGUGGAGUUCAAGGUGGUUGGAGUGGAUCCUGGCGAAUUCGUUAUUGUGGCACCAGACACCGUGAUCCAUUGCGAGGGCGAACCAGUGAAGCGUGAGGAUGAGGAGCGGCUGGACGAUGUCGGAUACGAUGACAUCGGAGGCUGCAAGAAGGCGAUGGGUCAGAUUCGGGAGAUGAUCGAGCUCCCCCUGCGGCAUCCCACGCUCUUCAAGACGUUGGGGGUGAAGCCCCCACGAGGGGUCCUCUUGUAUGGACCCCCUGGAAGUGGCAAAACCCUGAUUGCGCGGGCCGUGGCCAACGAGACUGGAGCUUUCUUCUUCCUCAUCAACGGUCCAGAAAUCAUGUCCAAGAUGGCAGGAGAGGCGGAGAGCAACCUGCGCAAGGCUUUCGAGGAGGCCGAGAAGAACUCUCCCGCAAUCAUCUUCAUCGAUGAGAUCGACUCGAUCGCCCCAAAGCGAGACAAGACCAGCGGCGAG